AUGGCUUCUUUCUGUGUUGCAGGAGAAUUAGACAAGGAAUAUAAACAACAAAAACAAAAGGGAAUGAUACGAGUUGACAAAAUAGUUAAGAAACAAGUGUUACGCAAUGUUUGGGUGCAAAAUAAACGAGAAACAAUUUUAGAAAGAAACGUCAAUGUACACGAAAAGCCUAGUAUAAGAUGGUUUGAACAAAAUAUGAAUUUGGAUUUUCCAACCAGUAACCACCUUCACCAUCCCUUUCAUAUCCGCCGAGCCCCUAUACCUACGAUAGGCCUGCCAUGGCCCAGACCGCAGACUUUUGAAACAUCUGAGACAAAACUUUAUAGAAUCAAGACACUUUCUGUGAAUGCCAAUUUUUCUACCUGUCAUGUAUUGCAAAAAGCAGUACAAAGAUAUAGGAAUAUUUUUUUCACCUGUAGUUAUGUUCAUUUUACAAACAAUUUAUUACACUUGAAAAAUUCCAACUUUGAUUUUUCAAUGCAAAAACCAAGUUCCGAAUACAUGAUGUCCUUGGAAGAGUUAACCAAACUUACUUUUAAUGUUGAGAAGUGUUCGAAUUAUCCAACCUUAUCGUCAGAUGAAUCUUACACAUUACGAACAGCUACCAGUGAAAUAAGGAUUGGAGCAAAAGAUGUCUGGGGUGCUCUGCGAGCCCUGGAAACAUUAAGUCAACUCAUCGUCUGUAUCAACGACACUUUUAUUAUUAAGAAAACUAGGUUAGUAGACUUUCCAAGGUUUCCACACAGAGGGAUUUUAAUUGAUUCAGCAAGACACUUCAUGAGUAAAACAACGAUAUUUCAAGUUUUGAGUGCCAUGGAGAUGAACAAAAUGAACGUCCUUCAUUGGCAUCUAUCUGAUGACCAGUCCUUCCCUUACAAGAGCCGAACAUUUCCUGAUCUCAGCGGAAAGGGAGCUUACCACCCAUCACUGACGUACACUCAGGAGGAUGUAAAGGAAAUAAUAGAAUUUGCCAGACUCAGGGGGAUCCGGAUUAUACCAGAAUUUGAUACACCAGGGCAUUCGUUUUCCUGGGGCUACGGGCAUCCUGAAUUACUGACCCAAUGUUACAAUGGGGAGCGUCCAAUACCAGGUCACUUUGGACCAAUGAACCCUGCAAGAAACUCAACCUAUACUUUUCUUUCGGCAUUUUUCAAAGAAGUAUUAGAAGUUUUUAAAGAUGACUAUGUUCAUCUGGGAAACGACGAGGUACCACUGGCUUGUUGGAAUACAAACCAGGAGGUUCGUAAACUCUUUGCAAAGAUAAACGAUAUAUCAAUGUUCAAAGAUAAAGGGACUGCAGCGUGGAAUUUCUUUACAGAAAGGUUGAUCAGAGACAUACAGAAAAUAGCAAUGAAAAGGGAGAGUGGUGUUAAAUUUAUUCUGUGGCAAGAAGCCUAUCAGUCCAAUUUAAAUAUUCCAAGCGACUCAAUUGUUCAAGUUUGGCUUGGUGAUCAGAGUCUUAUGGAACAAGUGACAAGACAGGGAUUUCAUGCUUUAUAUUCCUCUUGCUGGUACAUCAACAUGAUACAAUAUGGCGUGGUUUGGCCAAAAUAUUAUCUCUGUGACCCUGUAGGUGAAGGCUUUCGGGGUAAAGAGGACCUCGUGUUAGGUGGGGAAGCCUGUCUAUGGAGUGAAUACGUCACUAGUGAGACCGCUAUCAGUUUGUUAUGGCCUAAGGCGUCGGCUGUUGCAGAAAGGUUGUGGAGUGAUAAGAAACUUAGGGACAUCGAUGGGGCUGCUCGGAGAUUAGAGGAACAUAGAUGCAGAAUGUUAAGGUACAAAACAAACUGA